AUGACCAUGGCCGUCUCCGCACCUCCGGUGAUCUCUGCAGCUUCCAGCGGCACAGGCGUCGCGGGGGGCUUAUUUCGGGCCGAACCCCUGUACUCGACUCCUGGAGAGCCUCCUCGUCUCACCCCCAAUAUGAUCAACAGUUUCAUGGCUAAUAACCACAGCGGCAGCGCGGGGGCUGGCGGGGUCGGUAGUGCCAGCGGAGGCAGCGGCAACAACACCAACGAGUGCAGGAUGGUCGACAUGCAUGGGGUGAAGGUAGCUUCGUUCCUGUUGGACGGCCAGGAACUGAUCUGCCUGCCGCAAGUCUUUGAUCUCUUUCUCAAGCACCUGGUGGGAGGGUUGCAUACAGUGUACACCAAGCUGAAGAGACUGGACAUAUCUCCGGUGGUGUGUACUGUCGAGCAGGUCCGGAUCCUCCGCGGGCUGGGGGCCAUCCAGCCCGGGGUCAACCGCUGCAAACUCAUCACCAGGAAAGACUUUGAAACUUUGUUCACCGAUUGCACCAAUGCCAGAAGGAAGAGGCAAAUGACAAGAAAACAAGCUGUUAACAGUUCAAGGCCUGGCAGGCCUCCUAAGCGUUCUUUGGGAGUGUUGCAGGACAAUGCUCGCCUUCUGCCCCAUUCAGUUCCAGGCCUCUUAUCACCAGGACUUAUCACUCCGACAGGUAUAACAGCUGCAACAAUGGCUGAGGCGAUGAAGCUGCAGAAGAUGAAGCUUAUGGCUAUGAACACUCUUCAGGGAAAUGGAAGCCAAAAUGGGACCGAAUCAGAGCCUGAUGAUCUUAAUUCUAAUACAGGUGGAAGUGACUCUUCCUGGGAUAAGGAUAAGAUGCAGUCUCCUCUUGCUGCUCCUGGACCCCAACAUGGAAUUGCUCAUGCAGCCCUGGCUGGCCAGUCAGGCCUUGGAGGAGCUCCUACCCUCAAUCCACUGCAGCAGAACCAGCUGCUGGCCAAUAGACUGGAUCUGCCAUUUAUGAUGAUGCCUCAUCCCCUACUUCCAGUCAGCUUACCUCCUGCAUCAGUUGCCAUGGCAAUGAAUCAGAUGAACCAUCUCAAUACUAUUGCCAACAUGGCUGCUGCAGCCCAGAUUCACAGUCCACUCUCCAGAGCUGGGGCCUCAGUUAUAAAGGAACGGAUCCCAGAGAGUCCUUCUCCUGCUCCUUCUCUGGAAGAGAGUCAUCGCCCUGGGAGCCAGACCUCCUCCCACCCCAGCAGCAGCGUGUCCAGCUCUCCCUCUCAGAUGGAUCACCAUUCAGAGAGAAUGGUUAUGAUGCCCAACAAUAGAGAGGAACUUAUCGUUGAUCAGGAUAAUGGACCAACCAUCAAAAAAUUCCAAAGGGAAAAUAAAGAAGAGGUACCCGUUCAAAUUCCAAUGAUGAAGUCACCCCUGGACAAGAUCCAAUUGACUCCUGGGCAGGCAUUGCCUCCUGGAUUCCCUGGACCAUUCAUUUUUGCUGAUAGUCUGUCCUCUGUGGAGACUCUGUUGACCAACAUUCAGGGUCUACUGAAAGUGGCUUUGGAUAAUGCUCACAUCCAAGAGAAGCAGACUCAACAAGAGAAAAAGGAACUGCGAAUGGAGCUCUAUAGAGAGAGAGAAAUUAGAGAAAACCUUGAAAGACAACUCGCAGUUGAGCUUCAAAGCAGAACUACCAUGCAAAAGCGCCUGAAGAAGGAGAAAAAAGCAAAGAGGAAACUACAAGAAGCCUUAGAAUUUGAAUCAAAGCGAAGGGAGCAAGUGGAGCAAGCACUUAAGCAAGCUACUACUAGUGACAGUGGAUUGAGGAUGUUGAAAGAUACUGGGAUUCCAGAUAUUGAAAUAGAAAACAGUGGAAAUCCUCAUGAUAGUACUUCUAUGCAAGAUAUCUAUGAAGGCAACAGAACUGGAUGUGACUAA